AUGAAGCUCGUCAGGUUUUUGAUGAAGCUGAAUAAUGAGACCGUCUCAAUUGAACUUAAGAACGGAACUGUUGUUCACGGAACCAUCACAGGUGUUGAUAUCAAUAUGAAUACUCAUCUGAAAACAGUGAAACUAACUGUUAAAGAGAAAAAUCCAGUAACUUUGGAUCAUCUCAGUGUGAGGGGCAACAACAUUCGUUAUCACAUCCUUCCCGACAGCUUGAAUCUCGAGACUUUGCUGGUUGAGGAUGCACCUAGGGUCAAACCUAAGAAGCCAACAGCUGGGAGGCCUUUGGGUCGUGGUAGGGGUAGGGGACGUGGGCGUGGACGUGGACGUGGCCGCUAA